AUGUCUCUUCAACAGGUCGUAGUAAUUUGGCUCGAUGUUUCAUCAUCAUCUUCUGAUGAAAUCGAUAGUGUGAUAUGUAAGGAAACAAAAGAAGAUCUUGUAACAAAUGGAGCUCCAGUUAUUACUGUUGCAACAUCAGAUGAAGCGAUACAACAAAUUAUUAAGCAUCCUACAGCAAAAAUUUUCUUCAUUUCAUCUGGUAGAUUAGGUAAAGAUAUGGUGCCAAUAAUCGUAGGUCAAUAUCCUCUUAUUCAUUCAUUUUAUAUUUUUUGUUUUGCAAUGGCUGAACAUGUUAAAUGGGCAUCAGACUACAUUAAUUGUCUUUAA